CAUAUCGUACGUUCAUGCCUUUUCUGGGUGAAAAUAAAAAUGUGUUGCGCAUGUUGAUAUUAGCGUAUGUGAAUCGUAUCCAAGCUGUGUUUCAUCAUCCGAGUUUGGGUGUUUCCAUCGAUAUUUCAUUGGUACAUUUGGAAAUUAUGAAAGAACAACCGUUAAAUUUGCCAGUUUUUGGCGGCGACGAUGGAAAACUGCUUACUUCGUUCUGCAAUUACGCGGCAACUCGAAAUCCUCCGGACGACAAUGAUUCGCGUCACUGGAACGUUGGUCUUUACUUAACAGGAUUAAAUAUUUAUUGGAUAAAGCAAGACGAUCUAAGUAGCAUAGGAUUAGCAAAUCGCAAUAGUACGUGCGACUUGACUGCAUCGUGUGCGAUAGUAGAAUUCGGUAUUGCGAUUAAAAUAACCUCGGGUUUUUCAUCGUCUCUCACUGCUGCUCAUGAGAUCGGUCAUGUGUGUUUUGGGAAUGAUGCACGAUUCCGAUUAUGAAAUUCCGUGUGAUGCAUACCAAUACAUAAUAUCGUCUGAGCAGUACUCUCAAGGUCAAAUCACUUGGUCCGAAUGUAGCCGUGGUAUAGCUGAAAAACUCUGGUACAAAAAGGAUUGCC